AUGUCUCUCUUCGCCUGCGAGGAUCCCUAUAUCAAGCCGCGCCUUUCCAGCUCCUUUUACUCCUCAUCCGAACUGCCUGGUCAAUUCAAGCCUGGCGACCUCCACCCCAGCGACUUCGUUUUCAAUAAAAAAGUCAACUACCACCCGGAGAAAGUGUUCCUUUUUGGGUCCGAGACAAUCUGCUCGCCUCCCCCUCCACCUCCCCCGGCCGGCGACACGAGCGGGAACAAUCCACCAUCUUCGUCUCAUAUUGCGCCAGAAUGGCCCCAUUGGGAUCCGGAAGUCACACUUCGCAUCAAAAAUCCUGACAGGAAUUAUUUGACUUGCAUGGCCCAUCUUGCAGGCGAUAAAGGCAGGCGGUGUGAUCGUAUGGUAUUUUCUGCCGCUACUGAGAUAAAAUACUGCCUAUGGGCGAUAGGAAAGCUCAGUCCGCUGCUUGCCAAGACCUCGGUUUGCCUGUAUGAACUUUCAGAAGUCAUGCUUUGUCUCACGCAUGCCGACUUUCAGAGCAUGCUUCUGGAUAAGUGGAGGAAGGAUAUUGACCGGUUAAUAGAAGGACAUGAGUCUAAGGAAAAGCAAAGGUCUAUGCAAGAGGAAGAUUCUGCGAAAGAGCAGGUUUUGACGGAAGACGGUGGUCUAACGGGGGAAGAAGAGAAUGGCGAAGCGGCGGCGGAAGAGAAGAAACCAGCAGAAGACCCGGCGAGCCCUCAAAAUCAAGAUCCAACAAAAGAGGAUACAGUGUCACAUGUCACGCGUCAACUCAUGGAGAUGCAAUAUUUGCUCGAGGGACUGAAAAUGAGGGGUCCACGAGGUAAGGAGCAAUGGGACUUGAGCCCAGAGCAAAGCACGAUGGAUCAGCUUUGGCGCACGGUGAUGGACACGAAGGAUGUGACUGCGACCUUGAAGCUGGCACUAGAAAAAGAGAGGACUGAGAAGGGCCAGCGUGAAAAGGAAAGUGAGUCACAGGAGGAAGAGGCACGAAAGCAGAGGGAAGAAGAAAUGCUUGAAAGGGAGAAAGAGGGGAUUGAGAGGGAGCGACUUGAGCAAGAAAGAAAGCAAAAACAAAAAGAGGAACGGCAUGCAGAGGAGACGAAGCAGCGGGAUACAACAAUUCGUCUCAUUUGUCGAGAAAUAGAAACUACAGGAGAAGCGAUGGACAAGCUGGCCAAGAGGAACGAGGAGCUGCUCAAGAAGAUCCAAGACAUCUCCAAGGAAAACGAAGAACUGCAUGAAUUUCACGACACGCUAGUAAGGGGGAAGAAGGAGCUACUCAAGAAAAAUCAGGAUCUAUCCACGGAUUGCGUACAACUACAUGAGUUUCACGACACGCUACUAAGGGAGAAGGAGGAGCUACAUAAGGAGCACGAAAGGAUGACAUCGGAGUACAUCCGUUUGUUGGGAAAAGCGACGGAAGAAGCGGCACGUACAAGACAAGAGAUGGAGGGAUUGGCCAAAAGCAACGAGCAGUUGGAUAGGAAAAAUGAACAAUUAGCCGAUAAGAAUGACCAACUGCUUUGGGAAAAGAAACAGUUGGAGCUCCUGGUCCUUAAAGGGGACGGUUUGGAGAAAGAAAAAGAGGUCUGGAAGAAGGAGAAAGCGAAAUUGAUCAAGGAGAAGGCCGGAGUGGAAAAAAGAUGGAUGAGUGAAUUUUGGUCACGAUAUGAAAAGCGAUGGAAAGAUGUCAAAGGGAAUGAUUCCAGAGCUGCAUCAGACGAGCUUCGCCGAACGAUCGAAUUGCGUCGGACCAUUCCAUGGCCAGUUUUCUCGGGCGACUUUGAGGAUGUGAACGAAAAGAACGUCGAGGACUUCUUCCGCAAGGCGACGCCUGACCCGGAAAAUGCUGGUCGGAUGUACAAUUUCAUGGCGCAGGAAUGUAAAAAUUGGCAUCCUGAUAAGAUACCACUUUGGUUCGACGCUAUUACGGAUGCAAAUACUGCGGACAAGUUCAGUACGGUUGCUCGCACAGCAAUCAAGUUAAGAUCUGAAGCACAAAAGAAAAAGACGUGAUAAGAGCCGCCUAGAGAGGCGCCGCUAAAACAGAUGCUCAUUCUAUUUGAGUCGUAUUUUCGUUAGGAACCACAUUUUCUAUACACAUAGCGGUGUUUAAUUAUCCAUUUUCAGUCAUAUUUCUUCUCAUUCAUAGGAUAUUCAUAACUUGAAAGAUCUC